CAUACCCCUAUCAACAUGGCCGCCUCCAGUGAUCACACGUUGUGAAGGAGAUUUACAUAAUCCGUCACUGCGAGAGGUUUAUAUAUAUGUAUGUAGCUUUCAGUUCACAGACAAGAAAGAUCGAUAUGCUUAUUAUAAGAAACAGAACGUGUCAGUUGUUUGCAUGACUUUGUGAUUCGCAGCGAAACACAUACGUUUAGGGAUACCUGAUCUACGACCCGGAUUCUUUUUGACCUCAUCUGCUAUGUACUAGGCCUAGUGCACGUGGUCAGGUAGGCCCGUUUUCAGCAUGGCAACCAAGAUUUUAGAAUGGAUGAAAUCCAAUAGACUGAUUUUGACAGUGUUGGGAAAUGCUGGCACCCUGUAUGGACUGACAGUCAUCCCAAGUACAUUUGGUCUAAUCAUGUACAAGCGGUACUAUCAGUCCAGAAUAAAGGAAUCAGCACAUGCAGCAUCCACUGUAUGCAACCCAGACUCCACACUGAGGAAACUUAUUAGUCAGGUGAAAAAGGACUUUGACAUGGAGAUGGUACAUAAUAAUCAGGUAAAGGAUGAUGGGGAUUGGCUGAUGAGACUGAGAGACAGGGUGAAAUUUAUGGUUGUUCCCAGUAUAGAACCAAGUCACAAAGGAAGCUUAUGGGGCUAUUUCGGUACUGUCAUUAGUAUACCACAUUACUUCAUGAAUUAUUCACCCGAGAAUGUGAACACUGUGCGUUCCCUCUCCAGGGGGAGAUUAAUUAGUGUUCUCACUAAGGGCCGAAUAGAGAGGCCUCCAAGGGUGCCAGUGGAUUUGAAAUCUGAAGAUGGUAUCGCACUCAUCAAAUCUCUCAUCUUGACUGAUGAGGAGAAAAAGUUUGUUUUGAUGAGGGAGAUGGUUUCCUCUCAGCACAAUUCUGACCAUGUGAUUGCAGCCUUCCGCAUCGUAACAACAGGAACAUCUCUAGGUCUCAUGUACUGUACUAGGGAGUUCCUGAUACAAGACGUUGGGGAGAACUUGUCCAGGCUAGCUAAAACUGACUUACAUAGUAACGGUCUCCUGACAAAAGUAACAAGGGGGUCAGUCUAUACGUUGAUCCUCGGGUCUGGUUUAGCGACAUACUACAGCUUAUUAUUCUUGUAUAAAAACCGUAAGGAGAAGCAGUCCGACAGGACAGUUGCUGCCAUCAGCAAGAACUACGCAGAGGCAGGAAGGGAGUAUUAUAAACGUGUCCUGUCGAGGAAUCUAGCUUGCAGAAAAAUCUUAGGACCAGCGGACGGAGCCUACUUGUUUAGUGGUAGGGGGGACUUGAAGGCAUGGUUCUUCAGACAGGAAACACCAAUCACAGUACGUCUUGCCAUCAUGGAAGAUUAUUUGUCUAAAUACAACCAGGAAGAGAAAAAAAAAUCAACGAACAGUGGUGAUAAGAAAAAUACAAAAUGAUGGAUGAGAAAUAGACAUAUUAAGCUCACCGGUACCUGGUUAGGAUAUACCAGGGUGAGGAUAUGUGGUGGGGCAUCAUCCCUCGUCUGUUGUUUAUUAACUUUUGUAUUAAACUGUUUCUCCUCCUGAACUAACGUGUAAACUUCAAUAGCUAUUGGGGCUGCCCCUCCUUUAGCUAAGGGGUAGGGAAAAAAGGAUCAAAUUAGCUUAUUUAACUCAUUCACCCCUGAAAUUUCAUAAUGAACUAUUCCAACCUUUGAAUUGGAAAAGUUCAAAUGUGUCUUCAGGGGUUGAUGAGUUAAAUAAUAUCUCCCUAGCUACUGGAGAGAUUUCAACAAACUUGAAGUGGUAGCAUGCUUAGUCCAUGAGGAGUUAUACAGAUAAAGGGGCUUAGGUUUGGGAUUAACAGGAUUUUCUUUUAAUUACAUCUUCUUCCAAAUCAUUUCGAGGAUUUCAACUAAUUUGAAGUACAUGUAGUAGCAUGUGUCAAGUCCAAAGGGAUCAAAUGAUACACAAGUAAAGAAGCCAGCCUUCCUGGGAGCUUGGAGGCAAGAUCAAAAGAGAUCGAAUGAAAUAUAUGGAAAGAUUUACUUGAAACAAAAUCUCUUCCUAUACUAAUGGGCAGGUUUGAAACAAAUUGCAGUGCUGGCAUCCUUUGCCCACGAGGAUAAAAAUUCAUACAAAUGAAGUGGCUAACAUUCCUAGGGGAUCUCCCAAAGUACUGGGCAGAUUAUAACCUCAUUUCAAAUAGCCAGCUGAGUGAUUCAAGGUCCUUGGGCCUUUUGUGGUUUAUUGUCUAAUGAGACACUGUCACAGACAUCAUGCAAUUCUAUCAAAUUUCAGCCAAUUAAUUCUAGUCUGGCCAAUGAACAGGUUGGAAGGUAUAUGUUACUUUUUAUAAAGGUAAAUUGACACAAGUAUGGACAUGAUUCAGUGACAUGUCAAAAAUUUCAAGUGCCUAUGAAGGAUCCAACACACCAAGAAAAACUGUGUUGUUGAUGCCACUCACCUAUUGUGAUAUUAAAAUUCUUAUUGA